UGGUUGCAAUAACAAAUGUCCAGCUGUGGGUUUGUUCAUGAAAUCCUUCAGAUGGAGAAAGGAGAACUAAGGUUGUCAGAAAAGAAGAAUAUAGGCAGUGAAGAGGAGUCUUAUCCCUCUUCAUCACCAAUAUGGUUUGUAGAAUCAGAUGACCCAAACCUGACUUCAGUCUUAGAGCGUUUAGAAGAUAUUAAGAAGAGCAAUACUCUGCUUCUUCAACAGCUGAAGCGAUUAAUAUGUGACCUCUGCAGAUUAUAUAAUCUUCCCCAGCAUCCAGAUGUUGAAAUGUUAGAUCAGCCAUUGCCAGCUGGACAGAAUGGAACAACAGAAGAAGUUACAUCAGAGGAGGAGGAAGAAGAAGAUAUGGGUGAAGACAUUGAGGAUCUGGAUCACUAUGAUAUGAAGGAGGAGGAACCAGUUGAUGGGAAGAAGUCUGAGGAUGAAGGCAUUGAAAAAGAGAACCUUGCAAUCUUAGAAAAAAUCAGAAAAAAUCAAAGGCAAGAUCACUUAAAUGGUGCAGUCUCUGGGUCAGUUCAGGCUUCAGAUCGACUUAUGAAAGAACUCAGGGAUAUAUAUAGAUCACAGAGUUAUAAAACAGGGAUAUAUUCAGUGGAACUGGUAAAUGACAGCUUGUAUGAAUGGCAUGUUAAGCUUCUCAAGGUUGACCCUGAUAGCCCACUGCAUAGUGAUCUUCAGUUCUUAAAAGAAAAAGAAGGUGUAGAGUACAUUUUACUCAACUUCUCUUUUAAGGAUAACUUCCCUUUUGAUCCUCCCUUUGUGCGAGUGGUGUCUCCUGUGCUCACAGGAGGGUAUGUCCUAGGUGGAGGUGCAUUAUGCAUGGAACUUCUUACUAAACAGGGCUGGAGCAGUGCCUACUCAAUAGAAUCAGUCAUCAUGCAGAUCAAUGCCACUUUAGUCAAAGGAAAAGCCAGAGUACAGUUUGGAGCCAAUAAGAAUCAAUAUAAUCUAGCAAGAGCACAGCAGUCCUAUAAGUCACUAGUACAAAUCCAUGAGAAAAAUGGCUGGUACACUCCUCCAAAAGAAGAUGGCUAACGCUGAGGACUAUUGUCUACCUGGACCAAUGUCAAUAAAACAAGCUCUUUUUUAUGUUUUCCAACACACAGACUCAAGCUAUGAGUGCCCCUAUAACAGCUGUACUGAGGACUUUAGCUAUUAGAUAAGUUAGUGGAUAAUCUGUCAACUGACACAUACAGUAUAAGUUACAGCCUUACCAUUCCGCUCUCCGUAGGUAUCUGGACUGAGCAGUUUGGGCCUUUACCACAUUUGUUCUUAUGGAUUAAGCAUAUUUGGGCCAUGCCCUCCCUUCUCCUUGUUUUUUUUAUUUGAAAGCAUAAGCUCUCCCUACAGCAGGCUACCGACUUACUAAAGAUCAUUCAGUAGGAGUGAGUUGUUCACACACUUUUGUGUAUUUCUUACCUUUUGCAAAAUGCAGACUGCAGAGAACUUGCGUUGUAUUGUUUCAUUUAAAGCCAAGAAGUUUAAUACAUUGUUUAAUACUGUUUUAGGAAAUGUCAGGUCUUGCAAAUCACAGUAGUUUUUUCUGGUCUAAAAUGACAGCGUUUGUAGUAUUUCCAAAUUAAUGAUAUAGGAAAAACACAUGUAUGUUAAGUCAUUAAACAUUUUUCAUGGCUGUAUGAGAAUAUGAACUGUUUAUUGGAAAAGAUGCUCUUUGUUUAGAUUAUGUUAAUUUUUUGUUUAGGUUUGGGGGUUUUUCCCUUUUUUUUUUUUGUUUGUUUGUUUUUAUGCAGAGCAAGGCUGUGCCAAUAAAACCUUGUAACUAGUCACUUCCACUGGGGCAUCAGAACUUGCUGGGCUGUUCCUGCUACUUGUUGGCUCAACCUCCUUAACAAGAAGAGCCGCAGUAUGAAGCUUGAAGUUAUUUAAAAUACUAAAAACCUUUCUAGGUGUUCCAUUUUAUUAACGGGUUGUUGCAAUCAUUUGUAAACUAAUGAACUUAUAAAGUAAUUGGCACAAAUCGAGAUGAAAGUCCUUGAAUGAAAAAUUUUUAUAUAAAAGCUACAAUAAAGUACAAGAACAUGUCAUCCGCUUCAGAGGCAUAAGAGAUGUUGCCAUAGUCAUGACAGUGGUUUUGUUAUUGAGAGACUAAUGGGAACUGUUUGUUCUUUAUUAGGAGACGGACCUGGGUCUGUGAACUUACACAAUUUCAUUGCCUUACAGAAAUCGACUCUAUUUUGGUUGUAGUUUUAGUCGUUAGGCCUUCGCACCGCUGGGGCCAAGCUAAGGGUGUGUUCCGUGGAUUAAGCACUUCCACAAGUGCAGAAGCAUGUUUUUGUUAUGUUUUUUUGUUUUUUUUUUUAGUUGACUAUCAAACUUGUGCUCUUCUCUCUAUCAGGCACCCGCGGGUCCUUGUGCAUUUGCUUCUAGAUCCAGUUUUAGCUCGAAAGAAGCGAUGGGCGAGGUUUGGCACCGCUUCCCGUGGGCGGGGUGUGAGGGACAGACCCGGCCCCGGCCGCCGCCCGCCCUCGGCGCAUGCUUCGGUGUGGGUUCCACUUCUCCUGGCAGAGUUCCUUGGCAAUGUACAGUACUUUGUAAACUUGCAUCAAGUUUAUAAAUAAAAAGCAUUUUACGAA